AAAUAACCAACCGCUUAUUUCACGCCAAGAUCAGCAACAGAAUAUACUAUAAAGAAGCAUGAAAUAUGCAUCCAAAUGUUUGUGCAUUGCUUUUAUGUUCUUUAUGCUCUUUCCCCAACCCCUCCCUCCCCCAAAUACCUUUUGAUAAUUUGCAAACAAUCCAAUGAUUUUGCCGACCAUCGCUUGCAAAUUUGGGGAGGAGGUUGUGGCACUCCUAUAUCCCCAUUAUCUAGCAAAAGUUUGAUUCAAGAAAAAUUCAGUUUGAAAAUUUUCUACCACGAAAAAAAGUGAAAAUUUUCUAAUCAUUUGAGAAUGUUGGGAAUUUAAAGCCGGUUGUAGCCUAAACAUAACGUUAAAAAAAAUUCAUCAAUAACAAGUAAAUAUUCUGGAAAAUUUGUACAUCCUUUCGCUCAGGAUUGUCAACAUUGAGAGCUUUUGUAAAGCAUCGACAGUUUUUUGAUAUGCCUAAUCUAGAUUACCUUCAUUAUUGCCAAUGUCUUCAAAGUUGGCUACAAAAAUAGCUAAUGGCUGAUUUAUGCCAACAAAUUAAAUACAGUUUGCAUUCGUUGUUGCACCUUUCGCUAACUGCACUUUGCAUUUGUUGUUAUGUUCACCUUUGACAACUGUAAAUGAUUUUCAUUUCACAAAUUGUACGGGGUUACUUCUCUCAGUUAAUUUAUUUAGGAUUAAUUUUCAUCUUAAAAAUUCCUUGCUCUUUCAAAGAUGUGAUCAAGGGUAGAAUGGAUUUCCCUAUCAUGAAACACCAGUGGAAAAUUCUGUAAUAGUAAAGCUUUUAUCAAAUUUGUGACCUGAAAGAAUCAUUUCAACUAGAGAUGUGAAUAAGUGAGUAAGUUUUUGUUGGCUUUUUUGCACAAAUCCUUGACAUGUCUUUAAAAUUUAACUUUUAACAAGGUUGACACUAAUAAGUUUCUUUUAUUCACUCCUAUUGAUAUCGAAAUUUCAAUAUUAAAUAUUGUUUCGGUGUGCUUAUAUAAUUAGGUAGAAUCUAUUUUUCAUAGUUUGGUUUCAUUUAAUUUCAAGAUAGCAUGGAAAAGAGGAGUCAAAAACAAGAAACUUAUCAAAUGCAUCAUCUAUCCCCUCACUUCUCUUUUGAUCCACACCUGGAUAGAAAUUCCGCACUUGAUUCUAUCAAAUUCAGCAUGGCAUUCAAAGAAAGUGGUACCGUCAGCAUGUUUGAAAAUUGUUGUAUAGUAAAGGCCCCAUAAUUGAUCCUAUCGGUGCUCUGAUUUUAAUUUCUGUCCAAUCACUAGAGGAGGUAUUUUCUUCCUUAUAUGUCCAUUUUCAGUUUUUUUACAAUUUUAAAACAUUUUAACAACAAGAUCUUCAGAGGAGAGAGUGCCAUAAUGCUUGCAAUCCAGAUGUCACCUCGGUGGUAUCACGUCACCUAGUCUUUGUUUAAUUUGAAAUAAAUACUUGCAAGGGCAAUCACUUGGAAAAGUCUUUGUCUGGGUGCGUAAACAUUUUGGCUAAAUUAUCUGAUAUUGAGAGGAAAGAGCUGCUGCGUGGUUAGACAAAUUCUAUCUAAAUCAUUUGUUGUUGCGAAUGCGCCACCAACGUCAGCAGCCAUGUUUGUUAGGGCCCCCGUGUCCGUGUGAUUUGGCGACAACAGGUUGGAACGAUGCUGAAAGAACCGAGAGUAUGACGUUUUGUGUUGUGUUUAGCAAACAUAUGUUUUAAAUAAUUCUGUUAGGUUUCAGAGAAAUGAUCUAAAGUUAUGAUCACUUAUCAGCUCGUCGCAAGACUUGGUGCGUAGUAACGUUUGGUUUGCUCCUAGAGACAACUAUUUUGAUGGAAAUGCCAAAUAUGCCUGGCAGGCUUGUUCUAUUUAUAUAUUUGCUAUGGAUAUCAAAUCUGAUCCAAGCAAUGGUCAUCAGUGCAAAAGUCAUUGUGGAAUUCAAUGCAAGUAUGAAAUCUAUUGAUGAUCAAGAGGCAAAAUUUGGAAGAGCGCUCCCUGAAAAUGGCAUGGAGGGCUAUCUUGUUGUGGCAAAACCCCUGAAUGCAUGUAUACCAAUACAGCCACCUCCAAAGGGACUUAUGCUUAGAUAUGUUAAUUUCUUUGCUCUAAUUGAAGAGUCUGGUUGCGACUACAGUCAGAAGGUGCUUAUGGCUCAGAAUUCAAAUUACCGAGCAGCAAUAAUCUAUGAAAAAUUUUCUGAUACACCUGUUGUAAUGGAAGGGGGGGAAGCUGCAAGUAAAAUCUUCAUCCCUUCUGUCAACAUAGGCAAAAGUGAUGGCGAAAGUUUGAAAAAUUAUGACUACAAAACACAUGCACACAUUUAUUUGCAACCAAGCAUGAAAGUUCCAAUUGAACUCUACCUGAUACCAUUUGUGGUUGUUUUUGGCGUGUGCUUUCUUUUCAUGGCGCUAUUUUCGGUUGGUCGCUAUUGUCGACAAAGAAGAAUCAUUCGAAAUUCACGACUUUCUAGAGAAAGUCUGAAGUCUAUUCCAACUAAAAAGUUUAAAAAAGGAGACGAUUACGAUAUCUGUGCAAUUUGCUUAGAAGAAUUCGAAGUAGGAGAAAAGCUUAGAAUACUGCCUUGCAGUCACGUUUACCAUUGCAAAUGUGUCGAUCCUUGGUUAACUGGUGGCAAAAAGUCAUGCCCUGUUUGUAAUCGUCCAGUUUUGGUAGCUAAGAAAUCACAGCGACAAGAGCAGUCAACAUCGUCGGGCGGCUCAGUCACGAUCGAUAGCCAUCCUCCAACUGACGACGAGGCAAGUAGACACGAUACUGAUGAAGAGGUGAAUGAAAGGACCCCGCUAAUAGCUGCUGCGCCUCGCGGGCGGCAGAGUAGUACAAACUUGAGUGUAUAAAUUUACAGCUUUAAGUUUAUAAUAAACAAGCUAUAUAGUACCAGCUUUUCACUUCAAAUGCCCGAUCUGCUUGGAGUUUAGGUGAAGGCUGUUAUGUGCUGUUGCUGUUCAUUUAGUUUUGCUAUGCACAAAUUCUGUCGACUUUUUAAAGACCUAGAUUCAAAGACUUUAUCCUUAGUAUUUCAUAUGGCAAAGAUAUAAGGCUAAAAACAUUACUUUUUUUCUCUGCUCGCAUAGACUGCGGUCAGUAUACAUUUUUGAAAAAUUUGGGGACAACCAAGUCUAAUGCUUAAGUUUUAUGUACUUUGGGAAUUGAAAAGUUACAAAUAAAAAAAAUUGAUUCAAAGUAAAAGUGUGGUCCUCCUGUAUUGCCCGAAGAGAGAGUUUUUAGUUUUCAAUCUUUGAACUGUUUUGCAAAAUUUUGAUACUGCAUUUUGGCAUGUUUAAAAUCUGUGAUUCCUAGUAAAUUUUUAAAAAGCCAAAUAAAGGACCAGUUUUAUUGUCAAUAACCUUUCAAGCGAAAGGAGAUAAUUACUGCUCUCUUAAGAGUUAUUUAUGUUCUCCAAUGCUCACAUUUAAAUCAGUGUGCCUCUAUGCAGAGUCAGAAACACAUUACGGUCGCAUGGCCACUGACCGGAGGAAGGUCCAACAAAAACAAUAGAAACUCCUAUAGCUCACCCAAGCCACGCCCACUUUCUUUUGUUUUGUGAGGAAGGUUUGCCUUCUGGGAUGUUUUUGUGAACAAAAUUUUCUGGACUCUCUAUGGUAACUAAAAAGUUCAUUGUGGAACAACACAGUGUGUCCUCUAAUCCACCAAAAUUAUUUGAGUUUUUCGUUUGGCUUAACAACUUUACUUUUUAAGGAAUCUGCUUUUUUAGCGUAAUUUAAUGUUAUCUGUAAAUUUUUUGCUCACUAGCCGUUUUUUUAAACUUGCUGAUCCUUGAAUUCCAUGGUAUUAAGUUCCAGGAACGGACCAUUCACAAAGAAUGCUUGCCUCGAUUUUGCGAAAUUGCUCCCUUUUCGUGACGCCAUAUUUUCAAGGCUGUUUACAAUGCAAGGCUUGCGCCCUAUUCUGCUCACAUAAUUUGUGGAAUCCCCCUUACUGCGUCAUAUUUUGCUUCCCAACACCUGCACGCUCCUUUGCACCCACCACGCUUAAAACUGGUCUCUGAUGCAAUAUUGUAUCAUCUAAUAGUGAAAUUGUCAUAGAUCAGAUACAACUUCAGCAAAUUCUCACGUUCACCUGCCUAGAAAUGAUGCAAUACGUCUAUCCGUGACUUUAAACGCUUAUUAAUGUGAAUUUACCACUUGACUCUUUUUCUACACUUGUACUUGAAGUUCUACUGUGUGUCAUCCCACCUCCAUGCAAUCGAUUUCUCCAAUGAUGCUAUUCCAAUAAAUAGCGUAAGAAUAUCUUUUUCAAAAUCUAACACAUCUAAAUGCCUGUCAUUACUAAAAGAAAGUUAAUUGAUGGUCGGUAUAAGCUUAACAUGUUUAUAAUUUGCAAAGAACCCUCUAAAUAAAACUUAUGUAUCAUAGUUAUAUUAUCAAAGAAAGAGAAUUUCGUUGAAAUGAUUCUGUAAUUAAUUAUAAAGUAAAAUCAGUUUAUUGUAUCAUUUUAUCGAUUGCUUAACCGUACACAAUAUUGUUACCUUAAGCUCUUAGCAAAACAGAUAACGUAUUUUACGACGCUAGUUUUGAUAAAACAGCUUUUAGCUAAGUGAUUUAAGUCCAAGUGUGAUCAUUUAUUACAUUCGCGUUAAUGAGCUAAGCUCUAUUUCUCGCCUGUGAUAUCCAAGCAGUAGUGAUACUUUGUGUUGUCUUGUACUUUGUGUUGUCUUGAGUUCAAAGAAUUUCCUUGAGCGAGAAUCCUAUGGAUUGACGCCUUGAGAUCUAAGUGCAGAAUUAUAUCCUUUCUUGUUUUCAUUCAUAAUUGAUCGAAAUCCGAAACCAGAUUCUUAAUCCGUAAUUAGAUCGAAAUCCAGAAACAGGCCUUUUUGAAUUCAAAAAUGCUGAGAUAAAUGCUUUGUGCUAAUUGAAUUGUUAACCUCGCAUGAUUCCUUAUCAUAGUUGAUAUACGUUGAUAUUGAUCAUAGUAUCAUAGUUGAUAUACGUUGAUAUUUAUCAUAGUAUCAUAGUUGAUAUACGAUCUAGUUGAACAAUGUAAUGCAACCUUGAACAUCCGUUAGGAAAUUAGUGAUGCGUUAGGAUUAAUGAUUCAAGAGAUUCUAGUUUCGCAAAGUAUCCCUUUAUUUGAUUCAAAUAUUGUUUAAUCAAUAUGUCGUCCUAUUUUGUAAUACAAUUUGUAAAUACUAAUGCCAAUAAAGAUACUUAAUUGUUUA